UCAAAACCCACCGUAAUUCCACGACCCGUACGAGGAGAUAUCUGUCAUUUCACAGAACCAGACUCCCUCACUUUUUUUUUUUUUUUUUUCUUCCUUAAUAUUUUCGCGAGAAACAAACAGACAGAGGGAACUCGUCGUGGAAUGCAAAUGACACGAAAUGGGGAGAUCCCGUCGUUUUUCCUCCGCUAUUCAGAUUACGUGAAGUCUCUUUCGUCGGAAUAGAAACCCUAGCCUUUUCUCUGUAACAAUUCUCGGCCGUGAUCCUUCUUUUUUCCGGAGAGAUGACUGAGUCAGCGAAGGUAUCGUAUAUAGUGGUGGUGGACGGGGCGGAGGAGGAGGAGGAGGAGGAGGAGGAGGAGGAGGAGAAGGAAACGUCGUCGUUCCGAUACACGCGUCCUGUUUUGCAGAGCACUCUCCAACUCAUGGGCUGCAAAGCGCGGCAUGCCUUCAAGAUUAGUUCAAGAGUUUUUGAAUUGAUAAGAAGUGAAUCUUGCUCCAAUACUCAACGUCUAGAAGGUAGAGAGACGGUAGGUCUUGAUGUUUUGAGAGGAAACUCUGAUAAGGAAGAUGGUUGUCUUGGUGGCAGCAACUUGGGUAAAGCAGAGGCUGGCAACCGGCUGGUUUCAGAGAAAGAUGACAAAAGUAAGAGUAUACCAUCGGAGUUGAACAAAAGACGCACAACUGUAGUUGUUAGAAGAGAAGCUUUUUUAGAUGUUGUAUGUGAUGCUCUGGCUGAAUAUAAGUACAUUGGUCAUAACCAGAGGGCAGACUUGGUUUUGGCAUGCAGAAUUCGAGAGAGGAAAGAAUCUGUUACUGUGCUGUUGUGCGGUACUAGUGGUUGUGGCAAAUCUACAUUGUCCGCUUUGCUGGGUAGCAGGUUGGGAAUAACAACUGUAACAUCAACUGAUUCUAUCCGGCACAUGAUGCGGAGUUUCGUGGAUGAAAAGCAAAAUCCUCUGCUCUGGGCUUCUACCUAUCAUGCAGGGGAGUGUUUGGAUCCUGUAGCAGUUGCAGAAGCUAAAAGUAAACGAAAAGCCAAAAAAUUGGCAGGGAUUGCAAAAUCACUUCUUAAGGGAGAAGUUUCUGGUUGUUCUGCAGCUGGGAACCCAGAUGCCCAAGCAACAGACGUUAGUUCUGGUAGCAGUGAACUGAUCAGUCCUAAACAGAUGGCUGUCGAAGGAUUCAAGGCACAAAGUGAGAUGGUUAUAGACAGUCUUGACCGACUGAUUACGUCAUGGGAAGAGAGGAGAGAAUCAGUAGUUGUGGAGGGUGUUCACUUAAGCCUUAAUUUUGUUAUGGGGCUUAUGAAGAAACAUCCUUCAAUUAUACCAUUUAUGAUUUAUAUAACAAAUGAAGACAAACACUUGGAGCGGUUUGCAGUUCGUGCAAAAUACAUGACACUGGACCCUGCCAAAAAUAAAUACGUGAAGUAUAUAAAAAACAUCAGAACGAUACAAGAAUAUCUCUGCAAAAGGGCAGAUAAGCAUUUGGUCCCAAAGAUAAACAAUACAAAUGUUGACAAGAGUGUGGCAGCCAUUCAUGCUACAGUUUUUAGUUGUCUUCGCAGGCGUGAAGCUGGUGAGCAGCUUUAUGAUCCCACAACUAAUACAGUUGGUUUGGUUGAUGAGGAAUAUAGGAACCAGUGUGCUGCCAAUUCAAUGGGCUCAAAGGGAAUGUUUCGGCUGCUCCAGAGGAAAGGUUCUUCUAGGCAUCUGAUGGCUCUUCUUAAUACCGAUGGAACUGUGGCAAAAGCCUGGCCAGUUGAUUCACAAGAUAUUACUGGACGUCCUAUCUUGAGCAAUGGGAUGGAGGAUGGGAAACAAAAUCCCAUGUAUGGACCUUUGAAGAUUGACAAGGCUGAGCUAGUUAAUCUUCCAUUUGGUCUAUUUGGAAUCAGUGCUUGGCCUAGUGAUGGUGGCACUAGUCAUGCGGGAAGUAUUGAUGAGUCAAGGGGUGAGGGGACUGAUACUGGCAGUAGAAAUUACUCUUCUUGCUGCAGCUCACCAAGGAUAUCUGAGGGACCUGCCAAGGAGCUUAAGGAGGAACAAUCAGUGCAUGGCAGUGAUGAAGAAGUUGAUGAUCAACCUGAGUUAGGGAGUGAUGAGGAUAUUAGUGAUGACAAUAACAAACUUGUUGAUGAUGAGAUAGGCUCAGUUGAUGAAGAGUCUACGAAGUCAGAUGAAGAGUAUGAUGAUCUGGUAAUGCAGGAUGUGGAGGAGGAUGGCUAUUGGACAGACAAUGAAGAGGCUGGAGAUAAGGUGGUGCCAGUUUCUGGGGACCAAGCAACCCUCAUGAAAGGUGAUAAAUAUAACCAUAAUUUAGACAUCUUCCUUAAAACCAGAAGUGAGAAAUUGGCAGAGCCGCUACGCUCUUACUCUUCCCUGAUUAGAGAGAAGAAAGAGAGGAGGUUGCCACCCUUUGGCAGUGGUAGAUUGAGAAAACGUUCCCUCAGCAUUCCAGCCACGGGGAAAGAUAGUAUCAACGAUCUAAUUCUCUCUGGUGCUCCUGAGAGGUAGACGUUAGACAAACAAUUUUGGUUUUCCUAUCCUGUUGCUUUUUUCUUUCUUUUUGACCCCAUGGAUAUGGAAUUAGAGGUAACCCCUUGCACAACAACUUCCUCCUGUAUAGAGAUGUCUAGUAGGGUCAUCCAGUUGACCUUCAAGGAUUUGUAAUUUAGUGUGAAUUUCUUUUAAUUAUUGUUUAUUUUGGCCCAGAAGCAGCUUCAUUUUAUGGAAGCUCCAUCUGUGCUUUUAUGUUAAUAUUAUUUUAAAAAAUGGUUGCAAAAAACAGAGUUUAUGUAUAUGCUGUUUGGAUUAUUGACCAAGUACAGAGAUAUAUUAGUAUCACUGUCUUGCUAAGUCAAUUGCCAAGGGAGACUGGUAGAAAGAGUGGCCUGUUGAAUGGCUUUGAU